ACGGCUUGACGAGAAGCCAGUCGGUUAUUUGUGAUAUUAAAGUGCCAUAAAAAUUAAACAAUUUUACAGAGUAUGAGUGUUUUUGUUUAAUUUGAAAUCUAGACUUCUAUGAUAACCUUAGAUAAGGUGUAAAGACACACAAAAUGAUGCGUUAUACAAUAUUAGUGUUGUUUUGUGUGUGUGCAUCUGUGUCUGCUCAGAUUCGGGAUUACUAUUAUAAACUUGACAGCCCAUGUUCAGUGGAAAGUGAAAUAGAUAACACGACGAUAGUCGGAAUCUGCAAAGAGCUUGUUUACUGCCAAAUGGCUGUGAAGCUCAUCACAGUCAAUAGGAUACCUCCCUAUCUUUGUUACAGAGACAAUAAGGACACGGUGGCGUGUUGCCCAACCAAGGAUAGUUUGUUCAAAACUGGAGCCUUCCGACAAAUCUUCAAAUCGACCACAGACAACUUCAUUCGUAAUAAGGACAUUACAUGUUACUAUGAUGGCAAUCAGCCAAUGGUGUGCUGUGGCAAUACGAAGCCAAAGGAAUAUCUUGAGCCCAAAGGAUGCCCUCGUCUGCCGAAGACGAGAAUUUUCUCGAACAUCAGGAAAUACGACAAAUUAUUUUCAAAGUGCUCGCAAUACCAGAAGUAUUUCAAUAAAUGUGUGGCCAAGGAAGAUGGCAGUGGGUUCACGAGGCAGGAUACCUGUGGCAGGCCGACUACAGAAGUCAGGACAAUUGGUGGUGAGCCGGCCGAACCAAGGGAAUUUCCACAUAUGGCUGUACUCGGUACUGACAACUCGGACGAGACCAUCGAACGAGAUAUUGUUUGGAAUGCCGGCGGUGCUCUCGUGAGCGACAAGUUCAUCUUAACUGCGGGACACGCCCUUCAGAAUACCGACGGCGACCUAAUCCGGUACGCACUCAUGGGCACUCUGAACAAGACUGACAUUCGUAGCGGAAUGCUGUAUACAAUUGUAAGACUGAUUCCUCAUAACGAUUAUGAUCCUCAAAAGCAGAUCAAUGACAUCGCCUUAGUGGAGUUGGACAGAAGAGUCCAAUUCUCCGAGUUCAUUCGUCCAUUAUGUUUGCCUACUCCUGGUAUGAACUUGUCUGUCUCGCCACUCACAGUCGCCGGCUGGGGAGUCACCGAAGAGAAAGUCACGGCUGAGACGCUGUUAAAGAUACAAGUGACGGAACAGAGCCCUUCUGCCUGUCACAAAUAUGAUAAAAGUGGCAGGAUAUUCAACAAGGCAACCAUGAUUUGUGCGAAGGGAGCGCAACUUAAAAAUCGCGUUGAUUACAAAGACACAUGUCAGGGUGACAGCGGAAGUCCAGUAACGAUGAGAUCUCGUGAGGUAAGUUGCACCUACGUCGCGAUAGGCGUUGUGUCCCAUGGCCCAGAGUGCGGUUCGGGUGCACCAGCGGUGUAUACGAGGGUGCAACCAUUCGUCGAUUGGAUAAUUGACACUGUAUGGCCGGAGCUUGCAAGUUUAAGUUAAUAAAUGUUCAGAGUUAAA